GCUAGCAAAAACAUCAUUGAGUCUAAAACAAGAAAAACAAUGAAUAGAGAGUGCUCAAUUCCAUCGCUGAAGAAAAAAUUGCUAGCUGAAGAAACCCUUCUUGUUGAGUCAAAUCCAACGACUAACCAAAGAAAGCCUGGAUGGAAGGCUAUGCCUUAUAUUUUAGGAAAUAAUACAGCUGAGAGGUUGGCAAAUUUUGGAAUCCAAACAAACUUUAUUGUGUAUUUGAUGAAAGUUUAUAACAUGGAUCAUGUUCUUGCUGCAAAUAUUAUGAAUACUUGGAUGGCUAUCUCCAAUGUUGUUCCUCUCAUUGGUGCCUUUGUUGCUGAUUCCUACUUGGGAAAAUUUCUUACAAUUGCCAUUGCUUCCUUUGCUAGUCUUAUAGGAUUGGUGAUACUAAUGCUAACAGCAUGGGUGCCACAACUUCAUCCAACACCAUGCUCAAUUCAACAGCAACAAUCUGGUAUUUGUAAUGACCACACAGAUUUCCAACUAUGGGUCUUAAUUUUUGGUCUAUUCUGGUUAUCAAUUGGCACUGGUGGAAUUAGACCUUGCAGCAUUCCCUUUGCAGUUGAUCAAUUUGAUUUGACAACUUCUGAAGGAAGACAUGGAAGUAGCAGGUUUUAUAAUUUGUACUACACCACACAAACACUAGUUAUGUUGAUAAACCAAACACUUUUGGUUUAUAUUGAAGAUUCUGUUAGUUGGACUCUUGGUUAUGGAUUGUUCACUAUGUUUAUGGUUGUUUCGAUUAUCAUUUUCUUUGCUGGUAUAAGAGUUUAUUCUUAUGUUCAGCCUGAAGGAAGUAUAUUCUAUAACAUUGCUCAAGUGUUGGUAGCAGCUAGACACAAGAAACACCUUCAUCUUCCUGCUUUUGAGGAUUCAGAAGGAGCUUUCUAUGAUCCUACAUUCCAGAAUGAUUUGGACGGAAAAUUGCCUCUUACAAAAGAAUUUAGUUGUUUAAACAAAGCUGCUAUUGUGGUUGAGGAGAAUGAAUUAACCAAUGAUGGAUCAAGCAAAGAUCCAUGGAGACUUUGUAGCAUCCAACAAAUUGAAGAAUUGAAGUGCAUGCUAAAAAUAAUACCAAUAUGGGUAACGAGCAUCAUAGUCUUCAUUCCACCAGGACAACUAUCAAUAUUUUCAAUAUCACAAGCCUUAAAAAUGGACAGAAACAUAGGAAAUUUUGAAAUACAUGCUGGCUCAGUAUCAGUAAUAACAUUAAUAGCAAUAGGUAUAUUUCUACCAUUCUAUGAUAGUGUAAUUUCACCUUUACUUGAGAAAAUCACAAAACAAGAGCAAGGACUAACAACCCUUCAAAGGAUAGGACUUGGACAUGGUUCUGCAAUUCUAUCAGUAGUAGUUGCAGGGUUGGUUGAAAUAAGAAGAAGGAAAUUAACAAUUUCAAUGGGAGAUUCUAACGGCGUUGCGCCUAUGUCGGUAAUGUGGCUAGCUCCUCAGUUUUUGCUUAUAGCAUUUUGUCAUAUUUUUGGAACAGUUGGAUACACUGAAUUUUUCAACAAAGAAUCACCUAAUAGUAUGAGAAGUAUAAGCAAUUCUUUGCUAUGUCUCAAUAUUUCCGUUGGUAGUAACCUUAGCACAUUCAUUGUGAACAUUGUGCAUUCUUAUACAGGGAAACAAGGUGGAUCAGAUUGGCUUGAUAGUGAUAUUAAUAAGGGAAGAUUGGAGUAUUUCUAUUUCAUCAUUGCUGGAUUGGCAGUGCUAAAUUUGUGUUAUUUCAUAUUUUGUGCUCGUAAAUAUUGUUACAAGAUCACUUCAUUAAAGGAUAAAAAAUAGUGAAAAACUAUGGUUUGUAGAUUGGUCACAAAUAUAUUUUACAUAAACCUUCCUUGUUUUGUUAAACAAAAAUAAACAUUCCUUGUAAUAGAAGUGACAUGAAUAAUUUCCAGAGUGUUUGAAGUUCAAUGUCUGUUUUCUACCAAUCAUAGCUAAAAUAUUGUAUAUAGUUAUUUGUGUUUUAGUAUAUAUUAAAAUUGCUCGUCUUAUAUAAGGUUACUUUGGUUACUUCUUUCAAGGCUUAUACAUAAGAAUAUUGUAAUUCUUCAUACA